AUGCCCUUCCAACCCACCAAAGACAUACCGGACCUAACGGGCAAAACCAUCCUCAUCACCGGCGCCAACAGCGGCCUAGGCAAGACCUCCGUGCUAGAAUUCUCGCGUCACAACCCCUCCCAAAUUUGGCUCGCCGCGCGCAACCUCACCAAAGCACAAUCCGCGGCGGACGAAAUCAAACAACAAGUACCCACAGCCCGCAUUCACCUCCUCGAACUCGACCUCUCUUCCUUCGCCUCCAUUCAAAAAGCUGUAGAAGUAUUCCUCUCCACCGCCACCCGCCUCGACAUCCUCAUGCUCAACGCCGGCGUCAUGGCCGCACCACCGGGAAUGACGCCCAACGGACGAUACGAGGUGCAAUUCGGGACGAAUUACAUGGGUCAUGCGCUGCUCACGAGGCUGCUGUUGCCCAUUAUGGAGAAGACGGCGAAGCGGGAUGAUGCUGGUGUAGGUGGGCGUGUGAGGAUUGUUGCUGUGGCGUCGCAUGGGCAGCGGUAUGCGCCGCCUGGAGGGUUGCAGUUCGAGACGUUCAAGACGAGCGGGGAGAGUAUGGGCCCGUUUGCGAGGUAUGGGCAGAGUAAGCUGGCUCUUGUGCUUUGGGUGAGGAUGUUGGCGCAGUUGUAUCCGUGGUUGACUGCUGCUUCAAUCGAUCCUGGGGUGGUGGGCACGACGCUGGGGGAUGGGGCUACGGGUGCACCGAGGUAUAUUCAAUUUUUGUUCAAGGUGGCGUUGGUGUUGAGGCUCGCGGCAAGUUUGGAAAACGGGGUGAGGAAUCAGUUAUGGGCAGCUGUGUCGAGGGAGGUGAACAGUGGGGAGUAUUAUGAUCCUGUUGGGGUGGUGGGGAAGUCGGCGCUUGGAAGGGAUGAGGAGUUGGCGAGGAGGUUGUGGGUGUGGACGGAGGGGGAGUUGGAUAAUUAUCUGGGGGUAAGAGAUUGA